GUUGAAGCUGACUCAGUCGUGAAACCACUCCCUGAGGCUGACCGCUGGAAUAUACUUAAAUAGACCCAUACGCGGAAACAAAUACGCCCACAGUCUUACUUUCCUACCAGCACACCGCAGCAGACCUAUUCUCUUCCAUAAUGUCUUGCAUCACAGAAACCACCGUACUCAAGUUGGACUUGUGGACACAGAUCAUAUAUUUUGGUGUUUUUGCUCAGUUCCUUUAUCAUUGUCUCUUUUGGAUUAUCAUCGGUAUCAAUAUGCGAUGGAAGAAACGACACUCCUGCUUGAAAGAGACUCGUCGCGCCUUGGACCGUCUGUGGCUUGACCUAUUUCCGUUGGUUACCCCCAAUCUCGUCACAUUGGAUGAAAAGAACCCCGACUUGAACGAGGCGGUGCUUGCUUCAUUCCAGGAUAUAUACUAUAGUCUUGAGGAUCAUUACAAACUUGGCGAAGGAGCGGUUAGGCAUCUUGACCGCACCUCGUGGUCCAAACCGAUGGACAAACUCCGAGCCGUAUAUCGCCUAGAAAAGAAGGUGUCCAAGUUGAUGGGUGACGCGCAGACUCUCGAAGCGAAAGUCGAAGACUUUCUCUCCAAGGAAGGUAUAGACUUUGGCUGUCACGUCCGGCGGCCGCGUGUCGCGAAGUAUGUUAAAGUCGCUACAAGCCCGAGUUCCCAAGUAUGAUUGCAGAUAGCAUUCUGCAACUUCUUUCCCUCAUCCACAGAUUAUUUUUGUUACCGUACGCAUAUAUGUCGUGUAUACCCAGCUAGAAAACAGUGUUGCAGCUACUAUAUAUCCUCUAAUGUCGUACCCCUCUAUCACGAA